AUGGAGCAUCCGGCGUUCGCUGAAGCCGGCGCCAGCGCUGGCGUCGAAGUGUGGACUAUUGAGAAAUUCGAACCGGUACCCGUCGAGAGGAAACUGUACGGAAAGUUCUUCAACGGAGACGCCUAUAUCGUGCUGAAGACAACCGGCGAGGACACGUUGUCCUACGACGCUCACUUCUGGCUGGGCGGAAAGAGCACCCAGGACAAGUGGGGCUCCGCCGCGAUCUGGACGGUGACCCUGGACGACAUGCUGGGCGGCAGGGCGGUGCAGCACCGCGAGGUGCAGGGCCACGAGUCGAGCCAGUUCCUGGGCUACUUCCAGCCAGCUGUCCGGUACCUGGAGGGGGGGAACGAAUCCGGUUUCAACGCGGUGGAGACGAACGCCGGGGCGGAGAAGCGUCUCCUCAAGCUUUCCGGCUGCGAGAACAUGAGGAUCGAAGAGGUCCCCGCGGAGUCCACGUCGCUGACCAAGGACCACUGCUUCAUCCUGGAGGUGGACCACGACAUCUUCGUGCUGAUGCCGGAGGGCGCCAAGGCCACGCAGCGGAGGAAGAUCAUCAGCGUAGCCAACACGCUCCGAGACGACUAUCACAACGGGAGGGCCACCAUUGAAAUCAUCGAUGACUUCUCGUCUGACGAAGACGUCGCGUUGUUCUUCGAAGCACUCGGUUCCGGCUCUAAGGAAGACCUGGUAGAUGACGACUCGACCCAGACGUACAGCCGAGAGGAUAUCUCUGCGGUAUACCUGUACCGCGUCCUAGAUGGUGACGAGCUGGACUUGAUCUCGCUGAGCAAACCCUACAAGCAGCGGCAACUGUCCUCGGCUGAGGUGUACAUAUUGGACACCCCAUGCUCAGGAGUGUACGUGUGGCUCGGUGCCGAGCUGGACUCCGACGUCAAGAAGAACUACAACGACAUCGUCCAGAAGUACUUGGACGUGAAGGGCUACCCGGCCUGGGUCCACAUCACCAGGGUAGCAGAGGGUAACGAGAGCAGCACCUUCAAGCAAUACUUCCACAACUGGGACACCGUCAGCCCGUCGUCGCGGAGUAUGCUUACGGAAACUGACGCCGGCUACUUCUCCGGUGACGCCGAAGAUUCCGACGCCAUUGCCAAGUUCAUUGGCAAGAGCGCGUCUGCCAGAGGCUACAUGCCAGACGACGGAGAUGGCAGCUACACCGUCACUCGCGUAACAGGCGAGGGAGAGGAUAUUACGGAGAGGAUCGUCGAGAAGCCAGUCCUCUAUCAGAGCGAGGUCUACCUGAUCAAGUACCAAUACACCGAUAACAGCGGCGAAGACGCUUACAUUGUAUACGUUUGGAUCGGAACGGACGCGGACGCCACCGAUAAAGAAGCGGCGCUGGAGAUGGCUUCGCAGAUCGACCAGGAGUUGGGGGAGAGUGUCACGGUGGUGAAGGUUCCAGAAGGGAAGGAGCCUAAGCACUUCUUGAGCAUCUUCAAGGGCUACCACACAUUUUGGUGGUUGCCAAAGACCAAAAUUCAGUUCAGUAUCAUCGAUAUAGGUUAUUUUCUAAAUCGUAAACAGGAGUCCCACCCUAAGGAGCAAGAAGCGGCCAUUAGCUUCGUCCAGGAAGUGCUUGGUGAGGAUGCGGACCUUAAGGUGGUCGAGCAGGGGGAGGAGAGCGAAGAGUUCUGGGAGUAUUUGGGCGGCGCGCCCGAGGACAGGGAGGACGCGUCCGGCUGGCGUCUGACGGUCAACCGGCGGGUGACCACCCCGCUGACCCUCACGGCGGUGGCCGUCACGAUCGCCGGCAAGAUCCGCUUCGAGGAGCUACCACCGGACUUCGGUCAACAGGACCUCUCUGACGACGGCGUCUACGUCCUGGACACCGGUGAGGAGUUGUACCUGUGGCAGGGGAAGAACACCCCAGACAGGGUUAAAAUGGCGAGAAACGAUAUUGUUCAGGAGUACAUAUCCGAUGACGGACUAGACAGGACCGUGGACACUGCAAUCCUGGUGUCAGUUAAGCAGGGAAAGGAGCCGGCCAUCUUCAAGAAGUUCUUCCCUAGUUGGGAAGACGACAUGUGGGAGAAUCAAACUUCCUAUGAGGACAUCAAGAACGAGACAAAAUCAACGAACUCUAAA